AUGAUCAUCUCAGAGACCAAUCGCAGAGAGAUCUGCAAAUACCUUUUCAAAGAAGGAGUGUUGUUCGCUAAGAAGGAUUUCAAUCUCGCAAAGCAUCCAUUGAUCGAGUCAGUUCCCAACCUUCAAGUGAUUAAGCUCAUGCAGAGCUUCAAAUCCAAGGAGUACGUUAGAGAGACAUUCGCAUGGAUGCAUUACUACUGGUUCCUGACGAACGAAGGCAUUGAGUUCUUGAGAACUUACCUCAACCUUCCAUCUGAUGUCGUUCCCGCUACCUUGAAGAAGUCUGCUAAGCCUGGUGGUCGUUCCUUCGGUGGCCCACCUGGUGAUCGCCCAAGAGGACCACCUCGGUUUGAAGGAGACCGUCCAAGAUUUGGUGACCGUGAUGGGUACCGUGGAGGGCCACGUGGCGGUGAUGCUGGUGGCGAGAAGGGUGGAGCUCCAGCUGAUUACCAGCCAUCUUUCCAGGGAAGUGGUGGAAGGCCUGGAUUCGGCCGUGGUGCAGGCGGUUACAACGCAGCCGCACCAUCUGGUUCUGCUUUCCCUUGA